GGAAAGCCCUUGGCGGCCAGACUGCCUAGGAAGACAGCGUGGAGGCUUGGCAGAGAGAUCCCUUGGUCCUAGAGCUCGUGGGGCCACCUGUGUCAUCUAACCUUCCUUUCGCCUGGAGGAUGGAAGGCUCCUUUCUAGCGCCAUCACCCUGGGGAGCCUCCUGUGGAUGUGAGGCCUGUGGAGUGUGGCGGCGUGAGGCGCAGACCCUGCAUAUUUGCUGUUACUCGGCUGUGACUGGAUCUUUUCUGGGGCUGUGGAAGUCUGGGCUGGGCAGGUUUGACACUGCACUUUGAGAGACCUAUGGUCAUCCUUCCGUGUGACUGGAGAGGAUGUUUUAUACUCACGAGCGUGGGGGAAUUCGUGACAGCAAGCAUAUGUUGGAUGUUGCUGUUCUUAGUAUUAAAUACCAAAAUUGUAAUCGAAUGCAUGAUUUUUUUAACGGCAGUCUCCUUGACUACAGCGGAGGUGUUCUGAGAGGUGCAAACAGCUAUGGGCAACUUGGUCUUGGACAUAAGGAAGAUGUGUUUCUGCCCCAGCAACUGAGUGACUUCUGUAAACCUGGGUGUAUCAAGAGUGUCACAGGAGGAGGAGGGCAUUCUGUAGUUGUCACAGAUGGAGGAGGUCUUUUUGUUUGUGGCCUGAAUAAAGAUGGGCAGUUGGGGCUUGGUCACACAGAGGAAGUUCUGUGUUUUACCAUCUGUAAGCCUCUCUUUGGUUGUCCCAUCCGACAGGUGGCCUGUGGCUGGGAUUUCACCAUCAUGCUCACAGAAAGAGGUCAAGUUCUGUCAUGUGGAUCCAAUGCCUUUGGUCAGUUAGGUGUGCCACAUGGCCCUCACAGAUGUGUGGUUCCCCAGGUCAUUGAGUGCCUGAGAGAGAAGGUUGUCUGUGUUGCUGCUGGACUGAGGCAUGCAUUAGCCACCACAGCGACUGGCAGUGUGUUCCAGUGGGGGACUGGCUUGGCAUCUUCUGGUCGACGCUUGUGUCCUGGGCAGAAUCUCCCAUUGUUUUUGACAGCAAAGGAACCCAGCAGAGUGACUGGCCUAGAGAAUUCUACAGCAGUAUGUGUUGUUGCAGGAUCUGACCACUCAGCUUCAUUAACAGAUACAGGAGAGCUGUAUGUCUGGGGCCGUAACAAGCAUGGGCAGCUGGCCUCCCUCGCUGCGUUCCUUCCUCUGCCCCAGAGAAUAGAAGCACAUUGCUUUCAGGAUGAAAAGGUCACUGCUGUCUGGAGUGGCUGGACACACCUGGUUGCUAAGACAGAAUCUGGCAAGGUGUUUACCUGGGGUCGAGCAGACUAUGGUCAGCUAGGGAGGAGGUUGGAGUCUCCUGAAGCUCAGAAGCCUGUAGAGCAAGAUUCACCGUUCACCUUCCAGAGGUCGCAGAAGAGUGUGCCUUCACCUCUCCAUUGCCUGACAGGAGCAGCAGAGAUUUCUUGUGGCUCAGAGCACAACUUGGCAGUAAUUAGGGACAAGUGCUGCUCCUGGGGCUGGAACGAACAUGGCAUGUGUGGGGAUGGCACUGAGUCCAAUGUCUGGACCCCAACUCCAGUGCAGGCUCUGCCGUCACCAUCAAGACUCCUCCUCGUGGGCUGUGGGGCUGGCCACUCCUUGGCCUUAUGUCAGAUGCCGGCACACCCUGCGCCAUGCCAGGAUCUCAAGGUCACCUGCCCACUCCCAGAUGCUACAGAGAACACUGAAUCCCAGGGUGCCACGGACAGAAACAAACUGGAAGGAGAGAUGAUCAGUGACUUCAACCCAAAGCAAUUCUGACAGGAUGAGAAAUGGUGGGGGCAGGGACCGAGAGAGAGACUGUUCAAUAAAGUGGCUUAUCCCAACAGAA